AUGGCGGAAGAAUUAUCUGUUGUACUUAGGAGAACAAGUGAAAAUUCUGGUUUGGGAUUUUCUUUAUUGGGUACGGCCGGAUUGCCGCCAAUUAUAUAUGAUAUUGUUGAAAAUUCUCCUGCGGCUGAAAGUGGUGAGGUAUUGAGGAAAGAAAAGCCUUCUUUUUUCCAAUUAAUUAAAAUAAAUUUGUCUAUUUUGGAAUAUUUCAUGGUUUACUAA